GCAAUGCGACUCCAACGCCAUGCUGUUCACAAUACAAUGUUUAUCAGAAAAUAAAGUCUUGUAUAGAAGUAAUAUAAUACCCAAAAAUUGUGAUUUAAUAAUAAUAAAAAAGAGAGUUUUCUAACAGCGCGGUAUCUAUAAAUUAUAUUGACUCAAACGUCUACACAAAAUCAUUAUUCCGAUUGCUGCUUGUUGCUAGGCAGAUUAUGCUAAUGAGCGGCCAUCUCUGCAGCUACCAUUCCGAGAAAUAAAAUAGUCAGCAGCCCUAUGAAUGCUGCAGACAGCCAAGAACAAGAAAACCAUUCUUACACAACCUGGCUGCUUGUUGGUGGUUGAGUGAGUGGGUGCAAUACAGGAUUUAAGGCUGUCCUCGAAAGAUGGCCAUGGAGGACCAAGAAUCAUCCUCUGUGUGGAAUCAGAACUCCAGUAAUGAAACCAACAACCCAGCUCAGGUGCAUUUUGAGGGCGGAACUGUGGCUCAAAUUGUGUACAGCGGAGAACAGCCGGACCGAGGACAACAGCAGGUUGUGUAUGCAGCGGAUGGAAGUUCCUACACUUCAGUGGAGACUGCUGAACACACAUUGGUGUACAUACACCCUGCUGAUGGAGCACAGGCUGUGUUUACAGACCAACCCCAAGUGGCAUACAUUCAGCAGGAUGGUACAACUCAACAGGUCACUGUGUUAUUGCCAGGUGGUCAGAACAUGAAUACUGCAAAUCUACAUGUGCUAAGUAAUGUAGCAGAUGCCCCACAGGCUAUACUAGAUCCUGUGUCACAGAAUCAGCUGCCCAGCAGUACACUGCCUAACAUCACAGAGUCUUCAGCCAGUCCUUUGGCAGCUACAGACUCUACUGUAGACUCUGAGGAUGAAGAAGAAGAUGAUGAUGAUAAUAGAGAUGAUUCAGAAUUGGACGAUUGGGAACCUAGGCCACCUCAACCCUUCACCCCUCAGCAUCUUUGGUGUGAGGAGUGUAACAAUGCCAACCCAGGGGUAUGCGUGAAGCAUGGCCCUCUCUAUCCAAUUGUUAACCGACCUGUGAUGUCCAAAGCUCGUGCUAGCCUUCCUCUCAUCCUUUACAUUGACCACUUCCAGGGAGGUGUCUACUCUAAGCGGCGCAUUCCCAAACGCACUCAGUUUGGGCCUGUGGAGGGACCGCUGAUGCCACAGAGCGAACUGCAGGACACUCAGUUUCAGCUUAAGUUAUGCAUGACUGGCCCUCAAAAAGACAGCAACAGUUCAGAGGAUAUUUGGAUAAACCUGUCUGAUGAAGAUCGCUGUAACUGGAUGAUGUUUGUCCGUCCUGCUGAAAACCAUCUGGAGCAGAACCUGGUGGCCUAUCAGUAUGGCUCUGAGAUCUUCUACACCAGCAUCAAAAACAUUCCACCAAAACAGGAGCUUAAGGUCUGGUAUGCUGCUUCAUAUGCAGAGUUUGUGAAUAAAAAGGUUCAUGAAAUAACAGAAGAAGAGAGGAAGGUUUUAAGAGAGCAGGAGAAGAACUGGCCAUGUUAUGAGUGUAAUCGGCGUUUCAUCAACUCAGAGCAGCUUCAACAACAUCUUAACAUGCAUGAUGACAAACUGGACCUGAUACAAAGGCCAAAAGCACGUAGGCGAGGAAGGGGCAGGAAACGGUUCAGUACUGGAAGGCGACCAGGCAGACGACCCAAAUUUAUCCGCCUGGAAACUCCAGCAGAGGGUGUAGAUAAAAGCCAGGAUUUUCUGGCAUUCUCAAAACUCCCCUAUGAAGAGCAGGGAGGAAGGGGUAUGAAUGGAUUGAAGAUGGAUGAAAUAGGAGAUGAUACUGUAGAAACUGCGACAGGUGCCACAUUGGAGACCCGAACAGGACAGACUGACACUCUAAGUGAUGUAAAUGCUGCUGAAUCCCAAACUCUAGCUUCUAAUGAGUCACAGACUGAUAAAGAGGACCAAAACACAUCAGUUACAACCGACUCUCAUCUCACUCCCCAGGACAUGAGGCGUGCCCGGAGGAUUCGGGUGGAUUUGCAGAAUGCCGCACUUCAGCACCUCUUUAUUAGGAAGUCCUUCCGCCCCUUCAAAUGUACACUUUGUGGAAAAGCCUUUCGGGAGAAGGAUAAACUAGAACAACACAUGCGCUUCCACAGCCGGGAAGGUUGUCGAUACACCUGCCACCAAUGCAGCAAAGGCUUUUUGAGCAGUACGGUACUGGAGGAGCACCUUCAAAUGCACUUGGAGCAGCGCAACUACUCCUGCCUGUUUUGUCCCGAGUCCUAUGAUAGGCUGGAGCUCCUCAAAGAGCAUGUCAGCGUUCAUUUGGUCAAUGGCUUCUUUUCUUGCCCUUCCUGCAAGAAGACUUUCACAGAUUUCAUACAGGUAAAGAAGCAUGUGCGGAGCUUCCAUUCAGAAAAGAUUUUCCAGUGUAUGGAAUGUGAUAAAGCCUUCUGCCGUCCUGACAAGCUCCGGCUGCACAUGCUGCGCCACUCGGAUCGCAAAGACUUUCUGUGUUCAACCUGUGGCAAGCAGUUUAAGAGGAAGGAUAAAUUGCGGGAGCACAUGCAGCGCAUGCACAACCCAGAGCGCGAGGCGAAGAAAGCUGAUCGCAUCCACCGAACAAAAUCUCUGAAGCAAAAGGAGCCUACUACUGACUUUGAGAGCUUUAUGUUUAAAUGCCGGCUCUGCAUGAUGGGCUUCAGACGGAGAGGAAUGCUGGUGAAUCACUUAUCAAAGCGCCACCCUGAAAUGCGAAUAGAGGAAGUCCCUGAGUUGACGCUCCCCAUCAUUAAACCCAACAGAGAUUACUUCUGUCAGUAUUGUGAUAAGGUUUAUAAGAGUGCAAGUAAGCGUAAAGCUCACAUCCUAAAGAAUCAUCCUGGUGCAGAAUUACCACCCAGCAUCCGGAAACUGCGUCCGGCCAGGCCGGGUGAGCCAGACCCCAUGCUGAGCACCCACACUCAGCUAACAGGCACCAUUGCCACAGCCCCUGUCUGUUGCCCACACUGUGCAAAGCAGUAUAGCAGUAAGACGAAGAUGGUGCAGCACAUCCGUAAAAAGCAUCCAGAAUUUGCACAGCUAGCGAACACAGUCCAGGCUCCUUUGGCUACAGCCGUCAUCAACAGCACUCCGGCCGUCAUUGCAAAUGACAGUACUGCGACUGAGGCUGUGGUGACGACAGACCUUUUGACCCAAGCAAUGACUGAGCUGUCUCAGACUCUGACCACAGACUACCGCACAGUGCAGGGAGACUUCCAGAGGAUCCAGUAUAUACCCGUGACUCAGGCCGGUGGGGGGUUGACUCAGCCACAGCACAUCCAGUUGCAGGUGGUACAGGUUGCUCCGCCAUCAACUUCCCAGUCCCAGCACUCAACAGUGGAUAUGACGCAGCUGCAGGAUCCUCAUAGCUUUACUCAGCAUUCCAUUCAGGUGCAACACAUCCAAGUUUCUGAAGCUGUGGGGGCUGUGCAGUCCAGCACACAGGUGACUGGCCAGCCAUUAAGCCCUUCUUCUCAACAAACAGCCCAGGAAUUAAAUCCAGGUCGCUUACAAACUUCGACUGGUCAAACACAAGGGACAGUGCAACACGCUUACUUGCCUAGCAACUGGAACUAUCGGAGUUACCCCUCGGAGAUCCAGAUGAUGGCUCUCCCUCAUGCUCAGUACGUGCUGGCAGAUGCUGGGACACCGGUCACUGCAGCUGCUAACAGCAGUCAAGUCAAAACGACACAUUAUGUGAUCUCUGAUGGGCAGACUGACAUGGAAAAUAAACAAGACAAUGUCCCACCCACCAACACUGAGGUAACUUCUGACCCAUUGGAACAGCCAUCUGCCAAUCAACAAGCUACCACGCAGUACAUAAUCAAAACCACAACUAAUGGAUCCGGGGCAAGUGAGGUGCAAAUUACAAAACCAUAAGCCUGUGAGUGUCCCAUUACCUUAAACGGUCUGAUCUGAUUUUAACUCACUGUUAAUUCUUUAUUUUAUUUAAAUAAACAUUUUUGUCUUAUGUUGAUAUAUUAUUAGAUUACAUAUAAGAUUUCUUUGUCUAUGGGCAGAUUUUAUUUUUCUGAUGGAUAGAAAAUGUGUAGUUUUCCUAAAACUCAAUUCAGCUAAGUCUUGCUGUUGAUCUAGAUUAGCAGACAGAUUAAGCUGAGAUAGACACUGAAUGUAUAAAAUGUAUAGAACAAUUAAAUUCUCUUGAAUUUAUUUCUACAGAAUCUUAUUUUGUUUCCUGUUUCAUGUUUUUUUUUUUUUGUUUUUGUUUUUGUUUUUUUUUGACCUGUGGUUUGGGUUUGUAGUGUACCAUGUAUUGUGAAUAUGUACUAAAGCUGCUCACACAGUGUAACUAACAGCAUUUACUUUCAUUCAUACAUACGUUCAUGGAUGUUUAGUAUAUAUUUGACAUAUUAUCUGCUUACAGUGAGCUGAGUAUGUGUAACCUAAAAAGCCACAAAAAAAAAAGGAAUUACACAAGAACAAAUUGAAGUCACUGUUUAUAGAGGGAGACUUUUUCAAUGUAAAGAAGAGCAGCUUUAUUAUUCAUAUUGGUAGAGUUUAUAAUAUGUGUAAGCACCUUGUCUCCAGAUGAAUAUGUGCUGGUCUGUCUAUAGUGUUGGCAAGAUAUCAUUUUUCUUUUUAAAAACACCUGUUCAUCCCAGACGUUGUGAAUGUUCUAGGAUGCCUAGGUUCAUUGACUCUUGUGAGCACUACGGUGGAACCAAGCAUUAGUAAAUGUUUUGUUUUGUUUUGUUUUAUUUUAGAGGGUGGGGCAGGGGGAGUGUAUUUCUGUGUAUAGAAACUUGUGUAGUUCAGUAAAACCCUUCUGUAUCUUUGUUGUGAAAAAUGUAAGGAGGUUUGAAACGGUAUUAUUUAUCAUAGUACUAUUAUUUUGAUUAAUAAACAGAUGAGUUUGUGUGGGAUACAAACAUACAGUCACUGCAUGUGCAGUUUUAAAACACGUAAACGGUUUGUCAUAUAUAGAACAUAUUUACACAUGUUGAAAGCAAAGGGCAAUCAAUAAAAUCAAUUCAGAACUGCCA